GCUUAUGUCGUUUAGUUGUCGCCGCUCUUGCGCCAGACUUUUUUUUAUCUAGUGUACAUACAGUCGCAAUUCCGUCUCUAAUCAGCAUUGCUUGCCCUUUUUACCUUUCUUCCUGCCAUAAAUGCAUCGAGGCUUAUACUGCAAGGCCGUGUCAAUUCGUCCGUGUCCCCCCAUCUCCCUUCACCCUCCUUAAAGCCAAAACAUUACACCACUAUUCCUUAAAUUUUUCCGAAAUUAAAAAAAAAACUAUAUCUUAAAAUUGAGUAAAAAAAAAAAAAACCUAGUGAAUCUGUUCAACUCGUUUAUAACAACAAUAUGUAUUCGUGUGUGGCCUAGGCUUGAAGUAUAUUAAAAAAGUGCAAUUAAUAGAUUUUACAUGUUUUGUUGCUCAAAAAAAUUUUUAAUAAUUUAAAAAACGAAAGAAAUAUUAAAUUACAUUAUAUUGAAUUAUAAUUUUUUUUCUUUUUAAGUUAAAUAAUGCUGAAUAGUGUUAAAUUCAUUUAGUGUAUAAAAAUUGAAGUAUUUGUUUUUGUAAUAAGUGACAUGUUUCAAAGGUGCUUAGACGGGCACAUGCAUUAUUUUACGUUAUAAGUUUUUUAUAUUAAUAAUUAAAAAAAAAAAAUUAAUAAUAAUUUCUUCAUGUUACGUUUAUGAUACAUUGUGGUGGAUAUCAAUAAUUUAUAAUCAUAAUAACGUCAAAGAAGUAUUUUUGGAAAGUGAGAGCAGUUAUUUUUACAAAUGAAGUAAUAUUAAAGCUCUUACAAAGGUGUGACUCUCGACCAGAACACCUUCCCCUAUCCUUAUCCAAUUUCCUUUUUUUUUUUUUCUAUUCCAUCAGCCUAUUAUUAUUCCAAUAAUUAAAUUAACAAACUAGACGUUUGUAAGUUUUCGUUAAAAAAACAAGGAAACCGUCCUUCAUUCGGUGGUCAUCCUUUUCAUUUUUAUGGAAUACAUCAGCUGAUAUACGUCCUCACUGUCUUUCUAUCUCAGCCUUUAAAUUUUAUUCAUGGGUCAAAUAUUUUAUUAUAAAUUAUCUUCAUAUUAAAAGCUAUAUAAAAAAUGAAAACACAAUAAACAAUAAUAUUUAUUCAAUUAAUUCAAUGAUGAAUAAGAUUCAAUGAUUAAUAUCUAAUCUCUGUGGCCAACUCUAAUUCUUGUUUAAUAUUCAACUAGCUAAUGAAGAAAAAAUAAUAAUAUCUACUCUUAAUAUAUAUUAUAAAUUAUUAAAUAUAAAAAAUUGAAAUUAUUUUUGACCAUGGCUGAGUUAUAAAUAAAACAAUUAAUCAACUAAUGUGAAAUAUAUUAUCUCAUAGAAAUUUAUAAUAAAUAAAUUUCAAAUAAUAAUUUAAUAAUAAUAUAGAAAAUAAAAAAAUAUAAAAAGAGAAUAUAUAUAUAAAUAUUUUGUAAAAACUAUGGAGGUGGUGAUUGAGAAAAAAUAAUUUUUGUAUGUUAGAUUUAUUUUAAAAAUAAUCAAACAGAAAAAUCCCACAAUAAUAUUGCCUUCGUGAUCAUAAAAUUCAGUCAACAUUUAACUUUAACAAGUUGAUAAACUAAACAUCAGUCUUAAAUAAAAACGAAAAAGAAAAAGAAAAAAAUAUAUAAACGUUGUAUUUAAUUGGAAAUGGCAAUGGUCAACAUGAAUAAUUUACUUAAUGGAAAAGAUUCACGUUGGUUACAACUCGAAGUAUGUCGUGAAUUUCAACGUAAUAAAUGCACUAGACCUGAUACAGAGUGUAAGUUUGCUCAUCCUCCAGCAAACGUUGAAGUUCAAAAUGGACGAGUUACAGCUUGUUAUGAUAGUAUAAAGGGACGCUGUAAUAGAGAAAAACCACCGUGCAAGUAUUUUCAUCCACCACAGCAUUUAAAGGAUCAGUUGUUAAUAAAUGGCCGAAAUCAUUUGGCUUUAAAAAAUGCACUGAUGCAACAAAUGGGACUUGCACCUGGACAGCCACUUGUGCCUGGGCAAAUGCCAACUGUAGCAACUAAUCCAUAUCUUACUGGAUUACAACCAGUUAAUAAUGCGUACACACCGUAUUUUACUCAAAGUCCAAUGAUGCCAGCUAUAAUGGGAUCUGCUGAUCAUUUAGGAGUUGGAAAUUCAGUAGGAGUACCUCAAACAAUGACAAUGCAACAAAAAAUUCCACGUUCUGAUAGACUUGAGGUAUGUCGCGAGUUUCAACGUGGGGCAUGUAAACGUGGUGAGGUGGAAUGCCGUUUUGCGCAUCCCCUAGAGAUGGUGCAGAUGAAUGAAGACGGUUCUGUGACAGUCUGCAUGGACGCUGUCAAGGGUCGAUGCAAUCGGGACCCUUGCCGCUAUUUUCACCCUCCUCUGCACCUCCAGGCCCACAUUAAGGCCGCACAAUCUCGGGCUAGCAUUGCGAUGGACUCAAAGUCAUUUGGAUCAUAUUACUAUGAAAAUUUUGCUUUCCCAGGAAUGAUACCUUACAAACGUUCUGCUGGUGAUAAAUCAGGGAUGCCAGUCUAUCAGGCAACUGGAGCAACGACUUAUCAACAAUUAAUGCAGCUCCCGCAGCCUUUUGUGCCUAUCUCAUGUGAGUACGCUGGAACACCACCCCUUCCUCAAACCUCUAAUCAGUCGAUUACAAGCGCACAAAAUUCUAUUCAAUCGCAAGCAUCUUUAAAUGUAACUGACGUUAAUGGUGUCCUUGUGGACUCUGUAAACAAUGCUUCAAUGCCACCACCAAGUGGUAAUAAUAAUAAUAAUGGUGGUGUAGUUGAUAAUAAAACAAUGAUUUCGCAUCAUGAAAAUGAUAAUUCGCGAAAUUCUCCUGAAUUAAAUAAUUCGGCUUCACCCCAGGUUAAUCAACUUGUGACACAUACACCAUCCUCAAUAAGUCCAAUGGCCACUUCUACCAUGUCUAGCGUGCAAUCAAAUAUUAAUUCAAUGGCAAAUAUGACAUCAAUUGCGUCAAUUGCUAAUAUUCAUCAAGCAAAUAUGGCCAACUCAAUGGCAAAUUAUACAAUGGCAAAUAUGGCAAAUAUCAACGUUCUUAACACGCUAGGCAUGGGGUCGUGUUUUUCAACAAUGGACCCCGCGGCUUUAGCCAAGGAAGUAGCACAAAAAAAUUAUGCAAAAGCUAUUAAAUUAUCACAAGCAUCACAACCAUAUAGAAUGAAUCCGCUAACAGCGCUUAGCUACACUGGUGUUGCACUUAAUAAACAAGCUAUUGCAAUGAAUCAAAAUAAUGCUGCUGCUGCUGCUGCAGCUGCUGCAGCUGCAGCAACAGGUAAUUCAACACAAAGACAAAUUAUUUCUGGUGGAUUAAGUGGUAUGCCUGGAACUGCACUUAAUCAAACAAUGCCUGCAGGCUUACUUCAUUAUCCUCGAGUAUCCAGUACUGCUUCAAUAAAUCCUUAUUCUUUAAUUAGACAACAUCCUUUACUUCCUAAUCAUUAUGUACAAACUUCAAUGACUGGAGUACCUACUGCUUCAGCAAUCCAACAAGCUACGAAUCCUUAUAUUCAUAAUCCUUACACAAUGCUGCCUGGAAUGACAAGUAUGCACGGUGUUGCUGGUUUAUCGGGAGUACCAACUAUGGUAUCACAAAUGCAAAAUGCUAAUCCUGCAACUAUUGCCGCGCAACCACAGGUUGCUAUUCCUGCCAGUUCAAGUGUCAUUAUGCAGCCAUAUAAAAAAAUGAAAACCACAUAAAAAAAAUAUUGAUCUAUCAUUUUCAAAAAAAACAGAAAAAAAAUUACAUUUAAUUUUUUUUUUUCUUUUCCUUUUUUUAUUUUAUUUUCUUUCAUAUUAUUUUAUUGGUUGUCCGAAUCUAUAUAGUAUAUUAUUAUCUGUCAGGAAUGAUGUGUUAAUGAAACUAACUAGGCAUAAGAAAAAAAAUAAGGAAUAGAAUAAUUUUUUAUAUGUAAAUUUUUUUUCCUUUAAGGAAUAAUUUAUCUUCUAGUCCAGCCAUUGUCGAUAAUACAGUGCCUUAAUAACUCGAUUCUACCAAAUAUUUUGGCAGAAGCCGACACUAUUGUAAAUUCAAUAUUACUAACACACUAUUGGAAAAAAAUGUAAAUUUUUAUUCCAAUUAGUAGAAUGCAACACAAAAUCAAAUACACACCGCUUUUUGUUUUUCUAUUAUUAUUAUUUUUUUUUUAACAAAAAAAUUUCCAUCAAUCAAGUUUUUAAAAUAAUUGAUAAUAAUUAUAUAAGUAAUGUUUUUUUUUUUUUUUUUUAUUUUACGAUAUAUAUAUAUAUUUGAAAAUUGAAUUAUUAUAUUUGUUUUUAAGGCUUUUUGCCAAUAUUAUUAUUAGAAAUUAAAUUUUGUUUGUGGUAAAUAGCUUUACUUAAUUUUACUUGAGUGUGCAUGUUCAAGUGAGGCAAUAUUAUCAUCAACUAUGAUCGUUAAUUGUUACGUCACAACGUAUAUAUUAAAAUAUAUAUUCAACAUAUAUAUAAAUUAAUAAUAAAUAUGUUUAUAUAUAUAUUUAUUAGUAUUACGAUAGAAAAAAAAAAAAAAAAAGAAUUUUUUUUUUAGCAAUCAAAGAAAUGCAGGUCAUUCGAGUCCAUUCAUUUGAAAAGAAAAAAUAAAAAAUAAAAUAAUCGUCGUCGUCGUCGUCGUCGUUUUUUUUUUAGGCACCAUGUAUAAUGGGGUGAUAAUUUUGAAAAUGUAACUUUAGCGCCAAGACGCAAUUACCAAAUUUUAGAAAUUUUUACUGGAUUAUAUAUUUUAAAUUAAGUUUCUUAUAUAAAUAUAUAUAUAUUUUUUUUUUUUUUAUUUUAAACUAUAUAGCAUAGAUAUUUUUGUUUUUUUUUUAUUAAUAUUUUUUUAAAAUACAAAGUUGCAAAUGAUAAAAAAAAAAUAAAAAAUAUUGUAAUAAAUAGAAUAAUAAUAAUACUAACCAGUGAUUUGAAAUUUUUAUUUUUCAAUUUUAUAUAAAUAUAUAUAGGCUCGAUAAAUGCAGUGGCAUAACUCACAAAUAACGUUAUAAACAUUGGUCAUUCCAUGACACAGUAAUAAAAUUUUUUUAUUUGUUUUAUUUUUUUUUAAUAACCAAGCUAAAGGGAAUUUAUUAUUAUUGCUUGUAAUGGAGAUCAUUUACAAGGUCUAUGUUAAAUAUAUACAUACUCGCACGAUAACUCAAGGUUUGAUAAUUCUGUUUAAAAAAGAAAAAAUAAAAUCAUCAUUAAUGAUUUAUAAUUAAUAAUUAAAAAUUAUAAACAGGCUUAUUUCUUCUGAGGCAUUGAGAUAUAUUUUAAAAAGCAUUUGUUCAUUUAUCAUUGUGGUUUAAUAAUAUCGUUAUCUUACACAUUUUAAACACACACACACAUACACACAAUGGACAUUGGUUAAGAUUUGAUUGCAUGCCUUUUUCAAAGAGCUUCACUGAUGACCAAAGAUCAUUUUUUCGCUUUACGGGAACCAGAAAAAAAAAUAUUUAAAAUGAUCUUUAUGUAUAAAUUUAAAACGAAAUAAAAAUUACGGUAAUUUUUUUUUCUACUCGUGAAUUUAAAUACUGAGAAAUUUUUUUUAGAAUGAAAAAUAAUUUUGAAAAAAAAAGAGAUUUGAUUUUUUUUAAUGAUAAACUAAAAUAAAUAUUUCUUUUUUUUUUUUUUUAUUUAAAUGUAUUUUUUUAGCUUGAGAUAAUUAUAACAGCAUAUUUCGAAAUAAAAAAAUUUCUCAGUUUUUUAUUGGUGCAUUCAUUUAAACUUUUCAUAUGUGAAAAUUGAAUAAAAAAUAAAAAAAAUAAAAAUUUUAGACACACAAGUGAACAAUUGAAUUAUUAUUAGAAUUAAUUUUAUUUUUUGGCAAACUUGCAAUGGUUUAAGAUAUAAUUAUUAAAUUAAUAAUCAUCUCUAAAACACACAAUCAAUUUAAAAAUUGUAUCACUUUUAAAAAAAUAAUAAUAACGGGAUGGUUUAGGAUAUACUUUUUUUUUUUUUCAAAAUUUUUGCGAGUUACACCACUUAAUUUCUCAACCUUAAAUAUAUAUAUAUAUAACUGUAUAUAUAUUUUAAUCGACAAUAUAAGUUAUGAAAAAAAAAAAAUGAAUAAAAAGAUGGUAAAUAAUAUAAUAUUUGUACUGGACGAUACAUAAAUUAAUAGCUACCAAUAAAAUGAGUGAUGAGUAUUCUUAAAUUAUAUAAAAAUAAUAAAAAAAAAUAAAAAUUAGUAAUCGAAAAAUUAAAAUAAAUAAAUUAACUAAUAAAAUAUAUCCUCCAAUAAAUUUUAGUAAAAAAUUUUUGUAUGAAUAUCAAUGAGUGAGUGAAAAUCAGAUCGUGAAAAAUAAUAAUAAAAAUUGUUGAUAUAAAAAAACAUUUAAAUAAAUAAAAAAUAAAUACAUACAUAAAAAUUAUUUCAGCGGUAUUUAUUAAUAUUAUUAAAAUAAAAACUAAAGAAAAAGGGAAUUGAAAGAAAAUUAUAUAAUCGGAUACCGUAUAAUAAUUAAAAUUAUAUAUUUAAAAAAAAAAAAAUGUAUUUCUAAUUUUUUUUUCUGCUUUCCAAUUUACAUUAAGAUUGAUCGAAAAUUAUUAUAAUUUAAUUUAAUAAAAUGGACAACGAAAUACCAAUUUUUAGUUUUAUUUUUAAUUUUUUUUUUUUUUUGCUGCACAAGUUGAAAAUUUGCUAUUUAAAAAAUCAAAUGGAAAAAAAUAAAUAUAUUUCAAUUAAUUUAAUCAUUUAACGGCCGUCCUUUGUGAUAGUAUAGUCGUAUUAUAAAAUGGCCUGUAAAAAUUUUAAAUAAUAAACGAAAAAUAUUAAAAUUUGUGUGACGUUAUUAUAAAUGUCUCAUAUAAAUUUACUGCUAACUUAUAAUAAUAUAAUACGACUAUUCUAAUAAAUUUUAAAAUAAAAAAAAUCUGAAUUAGAAAAAAAAGGUACUCAUUGAUAAAAAAUUAAACAACAACAAAUUAUUAUUAUUAUCGUGAUUCAUACACUCACCUAUUUAUGAGGAAUUAAUUUAGUAAAAAAAAAAAUAAAAACGAAAAAAAAAAAAAAUGAUAAAAAAACGAAAAAAAAAAAAAAACAAAUGUUAUGUUAUACCAAGUUUAAAGUACAGUUAUGUGACAAUUCCGUAUUACAUAAUCUAUUCAAGUGCUAUUAACGAAAAAAUAAAUUAAAUUUAAAAAAGAGGUGGCUAAUUCGGAUUCAACUUGACGUUUAUAUUUUUGAAUAAUACUUUUUAAAAAUAUUUAAAGCACAAUAUAUGUGCUAUAUUAUAAUAAAAAAAAAAAAUAAAUAAAUUUCAUUUAAUUGCAUUUAUGUUAAGAUUUUAAAUUUGCAGUUUAAAUAAUUUUAUUAAAAUUUAUUAUAACUUUAAAAUUUUAAAAUAUAAUUAUUUUUACCUAUUUUUAAAUAUCAUUUUUCUUUUUUAAUUAUUAUUUUUCAAUAUAUAUAUAAAUAUAUAUAUGAUGCAAUUUUUAUUUUUAUUUAAUAAAAAAUUAUUUAUUAUCUACAGAUAUAAACAAUCGUAUAUAAAAAAAAAUAUAUUUAUAUAUUUCAUUAAGCCUAUUAUGUGUCAAGUCAGUUGAAAAUAACCGAAGUGCCUUCUCUUGUACUAGAAUAAUUCUUGCAUACAUACGAGUUUAAAAAUUAUUACGAUAAAUAGGGUAUAAAAAAUAAAUAAAUAAAUGAAUGGCCACGAUAAAAAUAAAUAAUUCACAAUUUUUUUAUAUAUAUAUUAUAUAAAAAAAAAAAAUAAAUAAACAAGAAAAAACAAUAUGCUAUUUAUCUGAAAUGCCUAUACACUAAUGCAUAAAUUCAUAAGCCAUAUAUAAAAUUGAAUGAUAAAUAAAUAAUAAAAAAUUUAAAAUAAACUAUUUUGGCAAUAUACACACACACAUAAUUAAUAUUAAUUAUAUAUAUAACAAUACAUGUAUCUAUAUUAUUUAUAAAAUAUAUAUAUGAGUGGUUAUUUUGAAACUCUCGUUGAUUAUUAAAUUAGAAUUUAGUAUGUCCAAUUAUUAAUUAAACUAGUUGAAAUCAUGAAAAAAUUUAGUAGUUAUAUUUUCAUUGUUUAGCUUUUUUGUUCUUCUUUUUUUUUGGCUAAAUUAGUUGAUAUUUUUUUGUUUAAUUAUUACUUAUUUUAUUAUUUUAUUUGAAAAAAAAAAGUUAAUCAUAAUUGCAACUAAGUUAUGCAUCGGGUUUAACAAUUGAAUGCAAUAUAUAAAAAAAAUUUAAGUAUUUUAUUAAUGAUUUUGAUAAUUUGUACUAUUUAAUUGAGAUCAUAAUGAACAAACAUUACGAGGUAUUUUUUGAAUAUUUUUUUUUUCAUUUAAUUAUGUUUCAGUUUAACGAGAAUGUUUUAAGAUAGUCACGUAUGUAUAUAUGAGCCUUUAACCAUAUAAUAUGAUAAAAUUAAAAAAAAAAAAACGAAAAAAAAAAAUCUAAAAAACAUUGUAUUUAUAAAAAUGAAAAAAAAAAAAAAUUAUUUACUCAUUCGUACCAUAAUCGCCUAUAUUUUAUCAUUGUAUUGUUAGGCAUAUAAACACACUCGUCUACACGCAUAUGUAUGGUGUGCCUAAUAUGUAUAAAAAUAUAUUAUUUGUAUUCGAUCACGAUGCUGCAAUUUAAAAAAAAAAAUAUUAUGCAUUUUUUUUUUUAUAAUAAAAAAAAAAAAAUAUAUGAAAAACAAUAAUAAGCCUAAUUUUAAAAAAUGCAUAUUAUUUUUUUUUUUUUUGUAAAUGCAAAUUCGUUGUCUUAUUUUCGGAGCGUCAUACGCAUAAGUUGAUAUAUAUAUAUAUAUAAUAAUACCGCUUUAAAAUAUGCAUGACUAUUUUAUUAAUGCUUCCUUUUUUCCAUUUUUCAUCUUGUCAGCAAAAAAUCUUGUGUCAGCUAAAAAUUCUGUAACGUUUAUUUUUAUGAUUAUAUAUACUCAUGUAAUCGAUAUUGCGUCUUUUACAAAUUUCUAUAUAAUUUUUUUUUUAUUUUUCUUUAAUUAUGCCUUUUGCUUCCUGAUGCUUCCUUAAAAACUAAUCCUGUAUAAGCAUUACUAUAUCCAUAUAUUUAUAAAAAACAAAAAAAAAAAAAAAAAACAAAAAAAGUAUUAAUGUGUUUGUUUAUAUUUAUUUUUAUUUUUUUUUUUGCUUUCAGAAUUUAUAUCUUAAGCACCAAAGUCUACUUACAUAGUUGUUGUUUUUAUUUAUUUAAAAAAUACUAUAAUAAAAUCUGAUUGAUUUUUUUUUAAGUUCAUAAUAAAUUUUAUAAUAAUUAUGAGCAAUUUUUAAAUUUCAGUAUAAAAAAAAAAAAAAAUAAACGUUUUGCAUUAUGAGCUUUUCAGUGCACUUGUAAAUAAAUAUAUAUACUGUCAUCUUUAUAACAUAUAGUGUAUUCUAAAUAUAAUUUAAUGAAAAAAAAAAAAAAAGCUAUGCCAAGUAUAUAACAUUCUUGGGGAACACGAUAAAAAAAAAAAAAGCACUAAAUAGCAGAAUGGUAAUUAUUUUUUUUAGUGAGUGUAAUCUUACUACUAUUUAUAAAUAUUUAACUGCAUAAAUCAAAUAUUUUUUUUUGAUGACUUGUGAGUCAUUAAAUCAUUGGUGAUUGUUUAUAUACAUAUAUAAUUUUAAAAAAUUCCUUUUCCUUUAAAGCUUUUUUGCUAUAUUUUGCUGUAGAAUAUGCACGAGAGAUAAAAAAAAAAAGCUGCGUGCAUCGUAAUUUGUGAAAUAUUUGUAAUGCUUCAGCUGAUUCAUCUGGGAUAUCUUUAACCGCACAA